AGAUCGGGAUCCUUUGGUUUGGGAUAAUAAUAUUCUUACAAGAUUCGCGAAUUUCUGCACUCAUUUUGCAUUUUCUUCGUUUUGUACACUUUCGGUCGGAGAAGUCGCUAGUCGGUCGGCAGGACAGAGAACGGGGUUGGAAUCAAAUUAAAAGCUUAAAAACAACAAUUGUAAGAUAAAAUGGCUUCAGGUGUUUUACUGAGUAGAGGAGCUGCUUUUAUUGGCAAAAACACUCGGAAUGUGCGUUUUGCCUCCACCCGAACCGUUACCUUGAUUCCUGGAGACGGAAUUGGGCCUGAGAUCUCUGCUGCUGUCCAAAAAAUAUUUGCCGCAGCAAGUGUACCGAUCAAUUGGGAGCCGGUCGAUGUAACACCUGUGAAAGGACCGGAUGGAAAGUUUGGCAUCCCCCAGGCUGCAAUUGAUUCCGUCAACAAACAUACAGUUGGAUUGAAGGGGCCAUUGAUGACGCCAAUCGGGAAGGGACAUCGCUCACUUAAUUUAGCUUUAAGAAAAGAGUUUAAUCUUUACGCAAACGUUCGCCCGUGCAAGUCACUCGAGGGUUACGAGACUCUAUACAAAGACGUAGAUGUUGUAACCAUUCGUGAAAACACGGAAGGCGAAUAUUCCGGAAUUGAACAUGAAAUCGUUCCUGGGGUUGUGCAAUCAAUUAAGUUGAUUACUGAAGACGCCUCCAUGCGGGUUGCGGAGUAUGCAUUUAGCUAUGCAAAAUCCAAUGGCAGAAAUAAAGUUACUGCUGUGCACAAAGCUAACAUCAUGCGUAUGUCUGAUGGUCUGUUUCUUCGAUGUUGUCGAGAAGCCGCCAAAAAGACGCCAGAAAUUAAGUUUGAGGAAAAAUACCUAGAUACAGUAUGUUUGACAAUGGUGCAAGAUCCUUCGCAGUACGACGUUCUAGUUAUGCCAAAUCUGUAUGGGGAUAUUUUAUCCGAUUUGUGUGCUGGGCUUGUUGGUGGACUUGGGCUGACGCCAUCCGGAAACAUCGGUCUUAACGGUGCAAUUUUUGAAUCGGUCCAUGGAACUGCUCCUGAUAUUGCUGGACAAGAUAAGGCAAAUCCAACUGCGCUAUUAUUAUCAGCAGUUAUGAUGCUUAGGUACAUGGAGCUCAAUCCUUACGCUGACAAGAUUGAAAAGGCUUGUUUUGCUGUCAUUCGCGAAGGACAGAAGCUAACUGGGGAUUUGGGUGGUAAAGGAAAGUGUUCAGAAUUUACGGAUGAAAUUUGUAAAAAAAUCGAAACCGCAUCAUCUUAAACUAAAAAUUAUUUAUAUUACUGUAGUUUGUGCAACAACGUCAAUGCAAAUGAUUGGUUAAAUAAGAAUAUCUUAUUGGCAGCCAAUAAUAGUUAAUUCAGAAUACUCUAAUUUAUGAGCAUUCCGAAUUAUUAUAAAAAAUACUUAUUAUUUAGUUGUAACUAAAGAUGACAUGAUAUUAUAAUGGUGUACGAUUCUUGCCUAACGAUGACAAGAAACCUCAAUAUCUGACAAUACAAAACACAGGUCCUUCAUGGGAUUCAAGUGUUUUGGAAAUGUAUUAUGAUCGUUGUUGUUGUUUUGUUGCUGUUACAAUACUAUACUAUCUGAUUGGAGAUGGUGCAGGAGUUAAAAUCAUUAGUACUUGUAGUAGCUAAUGGUGUUUAUGGUGUCUAAAAAAUGUUGAAUUGUUUUAUUGUUGUACGGGCGAUUUGGUGAUAGUCCGUCUCAAAAGAUGACAAAUAUGAGUCUUAUCAGCUUAAAUUUAGGAUUAUAAACGCCUGUAUAACAAUAAGAUUUUAGGGUUUCUUUCAGCCAUUAAAUUCUUGUCCUAUUCAGUCAUUAAUCUCAAUAAUGUUGAAAAUCACUGCUGCUCAGUUUUACUGGGGUUUGCAGACCUUGCCUUAGUGUGUCCUAGUCAAAUUAAAAAUUACGUUACAUUAAGAACGGAAAUUAAAGAGUAGAUCUCUGUUAUGAACUUUA